AUGCAUCUCUACCUCACCUCCAACUCCCCCUGGGACACAACAUACUGCACCGAGUCCGGGCAGGUGAUCUACAAAGCAGAAUCGCGCGGGUUACUCGGCCCACGACAUAUAACCAUCUCCAAAGUCCAGCCUGCACGAACCAUUGAACUCGACGCCGAUGGUAAAGUUCCCGAGGAGGCGCUGAAGGAUGCUUUUGUGGAGAUUGGGAAGGUCGAAUGGCAUGCCAUUUGGUCCGCCAAAAUCAGAGUGGGCGAUGGGGAGGAGGUGUCUGUGAAAGAUUUCUUCAGGAAGAAAGGAUGGGGACUCUAUGGAAGAGGGCGGGUAUUCACUGGCCCGGAGGGUAAAGAAUAUGUCUGGAAGAUGGAUUCCAUCAAGCCAAAGGCAAGUCCUCUUUUGGGGUUGUUACAGCACUAA